AUGGAUGGUGGGUUCCCAAGCAAUGACGACCACCGGCAAGACUAUGGAUUUGAGCGUCGACGAGGAGAGGGGUCUCAAAGAGUCAGUCCGAAAGUGCUGCGCAUCACGUAGCAGAAGCUUUGACAGGUCUCUAUCUCGGGCAGCUUUGCUGAUGUUGGACCUAUGCUCCUUCCGAGAGUAGAGUCGGAUUGCUUACGAUGAUCUAGAUCGAGAUCGAAGGCUACCCUACCAAGAAGAGGGCAACUGGCACGAGGAUCCGCGUCUUCGAGAGCCCGCAAGACAUCAUCAUGAAGCCGAUUCUUACGAUCUGCAUAGCCAUAGGCAAUAUCAUCGUAGGGACUGGCACAGACCGGAUCGGUGGCAGCAUGAUCGAUACUCUGAUCGGACGGCCGAUCCAGAGGAUCGAUGGCGAGGCCCAGAUGAUCGCUGGGAUGCUGAAAAUUAUGAUUACAGGUCAUCGACCGAAGAUCACACCGGCGAUCGGCACACCUGGCGCCCAGAUCCCCAAAGUCGCAGCCUAGCCGACCACCAUUACCGCGACCAGGGGCCAAGAUCUCGACAGUGGCAUGAUCGCAGACGUGGACAAGAGGCUCAGUGGCAUCCAAGUACUUACCACCCGGAUCCUCGCCAUGCUGCCUCCGAUGUUGCAGCGGCGAGUGACGCAGCUGGAAGCGGCGCGACGGGUCAGAUGCGGUUGGUGGCGCUUUCCUCAAAGGUGCUACCCGAGGGACGCCGCGUGGCAGUGAUCGACGCUAGGGAAGAAAGCGUCAGCAUUGUGAGUAGUGCUGAGAUUCUAGUCGACGCCAGUGGGAGUGUCUUGCAGCAUGGCUGAGUGCCGUUGCCAUGCCAUCGUUAGGGGCGUGACAAGGCCUUCACCUCCCGCAUCCGUUUGCCAGCCAUGGAGGUGUCGAAGCAUCAUGCGAACGUAUUCUACCUGGUGUCCAGCAUGUCAGGCGUAGGAGCUUGGUUCAUCACCGAUGUUGGCUCGGUGCACGGCACGUAUCAUCUUGCUUGCAAAUUGAUCCCCGAAGGUGCCGCAGAUCAGCUAGCUUCAGGCCUUCCGACAAGCCGAUUCAACCGCUUGUCCGAGGCACGAAAAGCCAGCAGUCCCAUGAGACUCGACAAUGCAGACUGGCUGCGGAUUGGCGACACCACGUUCGAGGUUCAUUUGCAUGGCUCCUUGGCGUGUCAAAGGUGUUCUCUUCACAGUGAUGGAACAAAUGAGAUUCAACUUCGGCCCAGCGACGAGAAGGCAAAGUCAUCAAUCACAGACGCAGAGGGCGCUGGAGCAUGUCAAGCAGUACUCAAAGCAGAUAGCCUUCAGCGUCAAGAAGGCAACAAGGGCACUACGUCGACCACAGAGCGUGUCCCAAUGGAUCGCAAGGUGGAGACGGAAGCGGUGCGACGUCAGCGCAUGAAAGACAUGAGGAAGCAGUAUCUGGGAAGCCAAGACGACGAAGACGGACGUAGCGAAGAAUCUCCAUCAGGACAAGCGGCGGCAGGUCCAGUGUACCUUGACAGAGCAGCUGCUCGGCGAGCCAUGCACCCUGGAGAGUCGAAACAGAAGAGGGCUUGGGGUAGACGUCGCAGCGCUUCGCCAGGGCGACCUGCUCAAGCGCAAUCGACGGAGUCAGCUGCAAUGCGUCAUCAAGCCGCUCGUCCACCCCGGGGUGCUGUGGCUGGGACUGUGGAGCGCUCUACCGCCGAUCCGGCGCCUUUGAACGAUUCCAAUCGAGGCUUUCAAAUGUUGGCUAAGAUGCGCGGUGGAGAGGAGGGAUACACGCUUGGAGACGAGAUUCUGGCGAGAGCGACGGAAGGCCGCGCCGGACUGGGCAGCACGAAGCUUCGCACUGCGCAAGAGAUCAGCUCCGCUAGCUCAAGCUCAUUACAAUAUGGCGAUCCAGAAAGCGUUCGAAGGCGUUUCGAGCAAUCAAUGGCAAGUGAAGGGAGGCGGUAG